GGUGGGGGGGGGGGGAAGUAAUCAGGUGGAUAGAAAUUGUAUCGUUUCGGGGUUGAAAAAGCGCACCUGUCCUCAUAAGCUCGCAUGACGCUGAAACGUAGGAUAUUAUUAAGUCUCAUUACAUUUCGUUUUGAUAAAACACAUUAUAUAUAUAUACCAAGUUGUUAUUAAAACUAAUAAUCCAUUUUUACAUCCAUGUCUGUACUACUUUAAAUUUAUAGGUGGGAACUGUGGGAAUACUGUUAAUAGGUGUUAUAGCCACACACUGUAUGCAUCUACUCGUCAAAUGUAAUCGUAUCAUGUGCAGAAGGACGGGUGCUAUUACCUUGGACUAUGCUGAUGUCAUGGAAACAGCUUUGACAACGGGUCCAACAAAACUUCGGAAGUUCUCAAAAGAAGCCAGAUAUUUAGUUUUAACAUUCAUCAUAAUAACACAAGUUGGUGGGUGUGGUGUUUAUGUUGUUUUUAUUUCUACAAAUAUCAAACAGGUCAUCAAUCAUUUUUAUCCGAACGACCCAACUAUUAGGAUUUAUGAAGUUGGGGUUGCCGCCAUUUUGGUGCCAUAUUUCUUUGUGAAGAACUUACGGUCGUUAUCAGUGUUUUCAACUUUUGCUAACCUUGUUACAGCCACAGGCCUGCUUAUAAUAAUAUAUUACGUGACACAAGGAUUACCAAACGUCGAUUCAAGGCCAGCAUUUACUGGAUGGAAUCAUCUGCCUUUAUAUUUUGGAACAGCUCUCUACGCGUAUGAAGGAAUAAACUUGGUUCUUCCAAUAGAAAAUAAAAUGCGUUAUCCGUCAGACUUUGUUGGCCUGGAUGGUGUUUUAAAUCUUGGCAUGGUUACCGUUUCCUGUUUGUACACGAUGAUGGGUUUCUAUGGUUAUCUAAAAUAUGGCGAUGACGCAAAAGGCAGCAUAACUCUCAAUUUACCAAGCGACCAAUGGUUAUAUUUAUCAGUAAAGUUAAUGUUUGCUCUGUGUAUUGCUAUAUCUUAUGGUGUUCAGAUGUACGUUCCUGCUAAACUUCUACUACCAUUCUUUAAAUCUAAAUAUGAAAACACAAGAUUUGAAAGAUUUGGUGAAUAUUUUGUUCGCAUUGGACUGGUACUAAUCACUUUUACCUGUGCCGCUGCUGUCCCACAUUUGGAUUUAUUGAUAUCUUUAAUUGGUGCGUUUUCGGUCAGUUCUCUCGCUAUCAUUUUUCCAGCAACGAUAGAGGUGGUGACCUUAACAGCUGAAAACGAAACGUUACCUAUGUGGAUUCUUGUUAAAGACGUAUUAUUAGUACUCUUGGGAAUUCUCGGCUUCCUGACUGGAACUUAUACUGCUAUACAAGCAAUUGUAGAAACAUAUUAAACACUAGUGACAUUUUAUUUGUGAUAUCUAAAAAAUAGAUGUAAUUUCUAAUCCCCAAUACAUGAAGGGUUAGAUUGUGUUUGUAACUAUGGUCUAUUCGGGGUUGGUGUUAAGAUUGGUUAAACUAAUAUACAACCCUCCUCUAUAACAUUGAGGUUAUGCCAAUAUUUUGUAAAGAAGACCCUGUUACAAAUGUUUUACCUCGGUCCGUGUGUAAUCAACUGUUACAGAGUAGUGUUAUACAAAGUUACAUAAGUUAUAAUACGUCGUUUGUUAUGAUAUGUUACAAACUGUGGUUAUACCUGGUGCUCGGCGAAAAAAUGAUUCUUAGCUUGUCAUAAUGUUAUGUAACUGUCUUAACGUUGUGUAACGUAAUGAUCUGUUAUGCCAAAAUUUUCUUCUGUCAGUAAGUAGCAUUGCACUUACAGGCGAGGGAGAUAACUCUGUCUCAAAAAGAAAAAAAAUAACAAAGGUGCCCUAUCUACUACUACUAUUGUGUCUUUAUACAGCGAGAACCCGAUUAUGCCAAUAUCCCGAUUAUAUUAACAUCAUGGUAUAAAAAAUAAAUUAACCCAAAUCAGGACAGCUGUGUGAUGUCAGAUAUGGAUAACAAUAUAAUGCUUAAAGAUAAAAAUAGAUUUUAUAAGUAUUUUAAUCAUGCUUUUGUAAAUAUCGUGGACGUUUUGUUAUUUUAUAUAUAAAAGUAUCGCCUU